CGGCUGAUUCAAACGUUUCGCAGUUGUGCACUUUUACACGAUUUCGGUGAGAUGAGACUUGCUAAAAGUUGUCUCACUCCUGGAAGGGCCUUCGAAAGCCAUCCCAGCUGUCACCGACUCUGACAUCUCCAUCUUUGCAGCUUCAUAAUGGCUACACGACUUCGACCGAGCAGCAAACGCUGCGCGGUGAUCGGGGGAUCCGGCUUCUUGGGCAGACACCUGGUGGAGAAGCUGCUGGAGCGGGGCUACUCUGUCUCUGUGUUUGACAUCCGGCAGAGCUACGAGCUGCCAGGCGUCACCUUUCACCAAGGAGACCUCUGCGACAAGCAGGCUUUGCUGUCAGCUCUGCAGGAUGUGUCACUAGUCUUUCACUGCGCCUCCCCAGCUCCUGGAAGCGAUGACCGCAAGUUAUUUGAAAGGGUCAACGUCGUGGGAACGCAAACGGUUAUCCAAGCAUGCAUCGAGGCUGGGGUGCAGAAACUGGUUUUGACCAGCAGUGCCAGUGUGGUGUAUGAAGGGACGGAUAUUAAGAAUGGAAAGGAAGAUCUGCCGUACGCCAAGAAGCCUAUUGAUUAUUACACGCAGACCAAAAUUGAGCAGGAGAAGUUGGUUCUUGGGGCGUGCAACAAGCAGAAAGGUUUCCUCACAGUUGCUAUCCGACCUCAUGGCAUUUUCGGCCCACGGGACCCACAGCUGGUUCCUAUCCUAGUAGACACAGCUCGGCGGGGAAAAAUGAAGUUUAUUAUUGGCAAUGGGGCCAAUCUGGUAGAUUUCACAUAUGUGGAGAAUGUCGUUCAUGGACACAUCCUGGCUGCUGAGCAUCUGAGACCAGACUCUCCCAUCUGUGGGAAGGCGUAUCACAUCACCAAUGAUGAGCCAAUUCCCUUUUGGGACUUCAUGUCGGAGGUUUUGGUGGGUCUGGGAUACGCAGCGCCGCGCUUUCACCUCCCUUACCGCCUGGUUUACGGACUGGCCCUUCUCCUCUGGCUGCUGAGCGUGCUCCUGCGUCCUUUUGUUGCCUUCAAACCAACAUUCACACCCAUGAGAGUGGCUUUGGCCGGAACCUUCCACUACUACAGCUGCCAACGGGCCAAAGAGCACCUGGGCUACAAACCAGUGGUCAGCUUGAAGGAGGGGAUCGCAUGCACAGUUCAGAGCUACCCCCACCUCAAAAGUGGCGCUUGAUUAUCAAACAAAAUUUCUGUUUAUACAUCAGUGUCAACAACUUGGCCAGAUUGUUCUGAAUGGACUCAAAUUUGUGUAAAUCCACACCUUUCUUGGUGUUUUGGCUCACAUAGCUGUUAUAUCUAAUUUCCACCAGCAGAUGGCAGCAAAUAGUUGCUUUUGAAGAUUAUUGGCUGUCCUGCCACCUGUUUAUAUAGAUAUACAAUAGAGAUGAUUCUGCCACACAGCCUUAAUACACCUCAAUCCUGAUAUAUGUGUAAAAGCAGUGAUUUCAUGUACAGAUCAUUUAAACAGAUUUCAGAAAUGUAAGUACAAAAUGUGUAAAACUGUGAUCUCAGAUUUAUUUCAGAAUGAUAAAAACAACCUUGCUGUACCACCACA